GAUAAUUAUUAUUUGAAAUAUUAAAUUUUUUUUUUUAAUACAUAUAUUUUAUAUUUUUGAACAUUCUAAUAUACAAUUUAUAACUGACAUAUAUAGACAUUUUAGUCUUCAUGCAGAUUACUGAGUCUAUAUAACAGUAUUAACUAUAAUAACUAAAUAAGAACUGUCUAAAUAACUGACGAUUAUUGAAAUAUAUGAUAUCUUAGAAAUAUUAGUGAUUCUAUUGAUUUUUAAACAAUGUGUACUGUUUUGAUUUUUUAAACUAUUUUAUCAUACAGAGGGAAAUGAGAAAAUAAUAAUUCAACACUAGUAUUAUUUUAUAGGAAGAAUAAAAAACAAAAAAAUGUUGAAGUUAUUAAAAUUGCAACCAAGGUCUAUUGUUCGAACAAUUACAACCUUCCAAAAUAAAUUACCAGUUCAACAAAACUUGACAAAAUAUUUUCAAGAUAAAAUACGUAUAAAUGGCCCAAUUACAUUAGCUGAAUAUAUGCGAGAAUCAUUAAAAACAUACUAUAAUAGUGGAAAUGUCUUUGGGUCGGAUGGAGAUUUUAUAACAUCUCCUGAAAUUAGUCAACUUUACGGUGAAAUGGUUAUGCUAUGGUUGUUAAGCUUGUGGGAAAAAGCAGGGUGUCCAUCUCCUGUGAACUUAAUAGAACUGGGACCAGGAACAGGAGUAAUGAUGACAGACAUGCUAAGAUUAUUAAACCAAACUCAAUACAGCUCACUUGACCUUACCAUACAUAUGGUAGAAACAAGUAAAAAAUGUAGUUUAGAACAAGCUAAUAACCUAAACUGUUCAGAUGUACGGACAAAUUCCGACAAAUGUUAUUAUCAACACGGUAUAACUUGUGAAAAAUAUGGAAUGAAAGAAAUAUUCUGGUAUGAAUCAAUAGAUGAUAUCCCUAAAAAUACAUUUAGUUUAAUAGUUGCCCAAGAAUUUUUUGAUGCUUUACCUGUACAUAAAUUCAGGAAAAUUAAUGAAAAAUGGUGUGAAAUAGUCAUAGAUAUUGAAAAUGAUGUAAGUGGAACAUUUCGUUAUGUCUUGAGUAAAACAUCUACAACUACAUCCAAUUUAAUAUCUUCAAUAGAAUAUUAUAAAUGUUCUAAUUUUAAAAAUGAUACUGAAAUUGAAGUCGGACUGGACGCAGCUAUUGUGAUGCAGAAGCUAAGCGAGAGAAUAGUACUAGAUGGUGGAAUAUUUCUAUGCAUUGACUAUGGACAAGAUAAGCCAAUAAUUGAUACCUUUAGGGCUUUUAGUGGACACCAACAAGUUAAUCCAUUGCAUAAUCCUGGAACAGUAGACUUGACAGCAGAUGUUGAUUUUAGUAGAUUAAAAAAUGUGGCUGGAACUGAUGUCUUGGCUUUCGGACCAAUUGGCCAAAAUUUAUUUUUAGAGAAUAUGAUGAUUAAUUUGAGAUACCAAAAUUUGUUGACUUUAACAAAAAGUGAAAAAGAAGCAACAUCACUUACAUUUGGCUAUAAUAAAUUAAUGGAAAUGGGUAAAAAAUUUAAAAUAAUGGGAAUGGUACCAGCAACAAUGACACCAUUAUUAAAUGAUUCUCCAGUUAGUGGAUUUGGAUUAUAUAAUUCAACAAAAAAGUGA